AUGGAGUCGUUUCAUGAGGAUGGAGAAGGUGGGCUGCGUACGCAAAGCCCUGUCGCAUCGUUUAUCCUCCCACGCAUUAUUGACAUCCCCAGCGUAACGCAGCAAAACAAAAGCCAGCCCACCGCCAGUGCAGUGAAACAGCAGGCCACGCAACUGGCCGAAACGGCCCUCUCUCAACCGUUUCUCAACCCCGCCCCCGAGCACAACCAAUGCCCGGUCUACCACUACGACGAGGUCACCGGUUUCGUGACCGCGAGCGUGAAUGAGCCACCACCUCUCCUGCCCAAUCAGCCAAACGCGUUCGCGCUCGGGGGUGCGCUGUUUCGCUCCACACCCGCUGCGUUGCACGUCACGCCACCUCCCAACUCGUUGCUCGAGACCAGUGGUCCGUUGCCGAUGUGUAGCUCCUCUCGAUCGGUGCGCACGUCUUCCGCGCCGCCGUACUCGGUGAGCUCCAUCGGCUCCGACUCCGUCUCCUCGCCGGUCGAGGCGGUCGUACCAGGCAUGUGGAACCACGCCCUGAUCGUCUUCGACAAGCUCUUUUGCGUCUGCUUCGUCCCACCGUUGCUGCGGCCGCUGCGCAUAGGCGAACUGGUCUUGUGCGAAUUCGGCUCCAGCGACAACACUGCCACCGUCGUCGCGGACGUCUCGUUUCUCGUCGCCGGUGUGCUGGCCGUGCGCGAGGCGGCGGAGCACGUUUUUGGCUUCAACUCCCCCAAGGCCGCACCCACCGGCGCGACCUACCGAAGCAGCUCGCCGCUUUACCGAGAAAAACUCGCCUGUGGUCUCGCCGCGGAUCACCUGCUCUGUCGCCUGCCUAGCCUCAUACGGCGCGGCACCAACCGGGACAAGAAGCGGGUGUAUUUCUCCCGCCUGCGCAGCAACGACGCGCUGGCAGCGGUGCAGCACGAGCUCCUCAACGUCCCCGUCACCGCGCAGGCCGCCGAGUAUCAAGUGAACUUUUCGUGCGCCACCAUCUACCUCGCUGGCGACCGCGAGCAGUGCGUGCUACCCGCGCAGCACUUCCAGGACAUCGGCGAGGCCCUCUUGGAAAAGCUGCGCUGCGAAACGGUUGAAUUCCGCUUCUGGGGGGAGCGCCACCACGGCGAGCUCGACCUAACCCACACGCUGCUCGGCAACCAGUACAGCGAGGUGCUGUACGAGAAGGUGGUGGAGCAUCUUCGCAGUCAGUCCGGCCGGUCCGCCCUGCGCGCAGCGGCGCAGGCCAACGCGGCAAAACAGCAGCCACAACAAACGCAGCCGCCACCGUCACAGCAAGCAGCGACACUCGCGCUGCAGCAUCCGCAGCAGCUGGCGGCCAAGGCACCGAGCUAUCAGAGCUCACAAGGCUGGUCACAGCCUGCCGCCGUCCCUGCGAUAACCUCUGUGCCCACCAUGACCUUCCUGCAGCAAGCGUCUGGGCCUGCGGCCCCGGCCUCGCUGAGUUACGCGUUGGCGCCGCCGAUCUACGUUACGCAGCAGACGCCACCACAGCAGCGUCAGCAACCGCCUGCGAUUCAGGUGUUGUCGCCGCAGCCGUCGCUCUCGUUUGUGCAAUUGUCCACGUUCCCAACGAUCCAACACGUCAACACCGCGAACGUGACCUACGUGACACGGCAGCCGAGCGCCACCUAUUACGAGAACACACCACAGCAGCAGCAGCAGCAGCAGCAGACGAUGCUGUCAUUGUCGCCAAACCCAGUCUCCGGCUCACCAGUUUAUUACGUCGUGCCCUCCACUACCGCCGUGCAAUGGGAUCGCUCACCGAGCACACCACAGGGGUUGGAGCAAGGGUCGCAGCAUUACCUACAGCAGAUGCAGUCGUCUCAGCCUUCCGCACAAACUCAAAUUGCGCCAGUGCUCUUUCGCACCUCCGACGACGCCGUGAAUCAGCAAACGUUGCCGUCGUCGACUGCAUACGUUCACGCGUCUGCGAUGAACGCGCAGGGCUUCCAAGCCGUUUCCUACCCGCUUGUUUUAUCACCUAGUUGCAUGUCGUUCCAACAGUUUCAGUGUUGA